CAACCCUCUGCCUAAUCUAUGAUUGUCAGUCAAUUUGUUUAGAGUACGUUUUUAAAUAUUAUAUUAUUUUGUGGCAAUAAAAUGAAAAUUAAAUAAUGGAAUAGAAGAGUUAUUGUUAAUUCAAUAAUUGCUCCGAUUAUAAUAUCAGCAAUUUAUUGAUAAAAUUUGAUAUUUUAACACUCGGUCGUGUUUGCUUUUGCUUGGCUUUAUUUACUGAAGUAGUUUCGAAUACAGCGAGGAUUAUUCCAGUUAUAAAUUCAUCAUGGACGAACACAGAAGUGUUGAGGAUACUCCAGCAUCUCAAAGACUUACUAAUGAAGACUUCAGGAAACUAUUGAUGACUCCACGGGCGACUCCGUCCGGGGGCGCGCAUCCCUCGGGUUCUGUACGGGAGGCAAUGGCCAAUGCUGGAUCAAUGCCUGCACCUUCAGAAAACAAAAGUGAAUUACGAAGAAAAAAAAAGUCUUACUAUGCUGCUUUAAAAAAACAAGAGGACAAUAAACUUGCUGAAUUGGCAGAAAAGUAUAGGGACAGAGCUAGAGAAAGACGAGAUGGACUAAAUGAGUUGGGCCCUGCUGAUCCUACUAGUAAUACUAGUAGUGCUUACAGAGCUGUUGCACCAGAUUUAAAAUCGGGUAUGGAUGCUAAAGAGAGAAGAAGACAAAUGAUUCAGGAAUCAAAAUAUCUUGGUGGUGACAUGGAGCACACUCAUUUGGUCAAAGGUCUUGAUUAUGCUCUCUUACAAAAGGUGCGUUCUGAAAUACAAACUCGAGAACAAGAACAGGAAGCUGAAAUGGAGAGACUAGUCUCUGCACCUAUUGAACCUGUGAAAGAGAAGAAAGAAGUUGUGGCAGUGGAUGAAGAAAUGCAAUUCAAGACUACUAUGGGCAGGAAUAUUUACAACAUGAUUAUGGAACAGAAAAAUAAAAAAGUAACGCGCAACGAACUAUUUGCACCGGGACGAAUGGCAUAUGUGGUAGAUUUAGAGGAAGAAGGCGCGGCCGACAGCGACAUACCUACGACGCUGACGCGUAGCAAAGCCGAUGUUCCAGAGCCUGACGAUCGAAGCUCCGCUUCCAGUGCCAACGAUGUGGUUCUAGAUAAGCUGGCUCAGAUAUUCUCAUAUCUCCGACAUGGGAGGCAUAAGAAAUUGAGGAAAGCCAAGGACAAGGUUACGGAGAAAGGGCGAGCUGAUGAUUCAAUAUAUGGCGAAAUUGGAGAUUACGUUCCAGCAGACAGGCGCGCCGACCGCCGUGAAGAACGACCGCGCACAGGAUACUUCGACAAGCCAAUGGAAACCGAAAAGGAAGAAGGUCCAGGUCCAGUGGCCCGGCGCCCGGCGCCUACAGCGGAAGAGCGAGACAAGAGAUCAGCGGCGCUACUCUCUCGCUUGGCGGCUGAACCUGAGGGCUACGCGGAGUGCUACCCUGGACUGCGCGAAAUGGAUGACGCCAUCGAUGACUCGGAUGAUGAGGUGGAUUACACUAAGAUGGAUGCUGGCAACAAGAAAGGACCUAUAGGUCGGUGGGACUUCGAUACACAAGAGGAGUAUUCGGCGUAUAUGAGUAGCAAGGAAGCGUUGCCAAAAGCUGCGUUCCAAUACGGUGUAAAGACGCAGGACGGACGUAAGACUAGGAAGACGAAAGAUAAGAGCGAGAAAGCGGAACUCGACAGAGAGUGGCAGCAGAUUCAAAAUAUAAUACAGAAGAGGAAGGCACCGCAGCAUACAGAUGAACCUGGUUACAAGUCGCAGAAAUAUUGAUUUAUUAGUAAACAAUUUACAUAAUAAUUACAGCUACUGUUUGUAGUGCCUUUAAUAUUUUUAUCAAUUAGAACAAACAGCUAAUAUGCGAACAGUCUCGUUAUUAUUUCUAUUAUACAACACUAAUAAAUUCAAUAUAAUAUGUAAAUAUUUACGCGAUAAUUAUGUAACAUAAAAAGAAUUGUAUAUCUAAUUAAAGAUGUGUGGAUGCUUUCA